CUCUCUCUCUCUCUCACACACACACACACACACACACAUUAGUCUUCUCUUUCAAAGUCUGUAGUGGUCUUGGUUUGCGGAGAUUGUGGCUCCUCAACCCAGCUGCUAUGUUCUUCCAAACUUCAAAUUCCGUUUAAUUGAGCUGAUUUUUUAUGUUACUCUUUUUUUUUGUUUUUAAUACAAUAAAUAGUUAAUUUUGUGUAACUAUGGAAGUAAAUAAAUAAUUAUACAGAUAUAAAUAACUUUUUGACAGUUUUUGGGUGGUUAUUGACCGUUUGAGGUGAUUAAUAUUUUAAUCAUCUUGUAAUUUUUAGGAGCACUCAGUUUUUUAAUAUUUUAAUCUAUUACUAUAAAAUAAAGCAAAUAAUUUUUGAAUAAGGUUGUGAAGUAUUUUUAAAAUAAAUUAUUAUUGUCAUGAUCAAAUCAUUAUGUACUUCACAUCACCAAAAUCUCACUUAAGAGAAUGGCUGUUUCAACUAUAAUAAUAAAUAACAAUUAACAAAAUGAGAAGGAAAUAUAAUAACAACAAUAACAACGUUUUUUUAUAUAUUUUUUAAAAUAAAAAAAACUUAGAAGUAAAAUUUAGGAGUUGUUGAUUGAACUAAUUCAUCCAAGUUAUUAAUUAGUAAGGUUUAGAGGGAGGUAAAAAAGUUACAAAAUUGUUCAAAUAUUGAUAAUGGCUUAUUUCCACGAUACGAACAUUUUUAUGCUGUUUUUCAUUCAAAAACUCACCUCCUUUCUAUCUAAUCUCUGGAUUUGUGUCUUUAAUGAGAUGUGAUUUUGUUUGAUCCUCAUGCAUAACCAAGUAGCCAAGCCAGCCAAGACAAGACAUGUUUCAACUAGUCAACUGCAAGCCGUUCAACCCAUUACUCAAGGGGACUGAUGUUGGUUGGUAUCGUAUCCCAACAAGCACAGUCACAACUCCUAAUCAUCUUUGUGUGAGACUUGACAAUGGGAACAAAUAUGCAAUGAGACCUCUAUUCAGCCUGCGACCCCACACUAACCAUGGAUACGGAUCGGAGCGAACUCCUGAUAUUCUUGACAAUACAGUUGAUGGAGGGUCCCUUAUAAGAAAGUGCAUUGAGGCAUUACAUGAAAUUCGGAAUCUUAAUCAUGCAGCCUAUUCCAAAGCCUACCUUUUAAGAGAGUGCAUCGAGGCAUUACAUGAAAUUGAGAAUCUUAAUCAUGCAGCCUACUCCAAAGCUAUGGACAAGUUGAAGAGUGAACCUUCUUGGAGAGUUGUGUUUUUAGAGUUGCCUAAUAAUAGAAAGAAAGAUUGGGUCCUCACUCUUUGAGUGUUUGCCUUCAAU